AUGCUUCUCGUGGGGAUGCUGCACUGUACAGUGCCAACCUCACGCCGGUCGUCUCUACUCUUUAGUCUAUGGAAUCACCGCAUCUCACUUGCCCGCCGCACCAGCAGAGGAUACGCGCGUAGUUUCAUGAUGUAUUCGACAAGAGUCUGGUUCUUGUUUUUGCUCGCCGUCUCGUGGCUAGCACUUACAUCACACGCGAACACAGUUGGCCGGCAAGAGGACGGCGCGGAGCCGGCCGAGAAUACACCGGGCGAGGAUCAGAAUGCAGGCCAUGCGCCACAAUCCUCUGUAACAAAUGGAUCAGAGCCUCAACCGGAGGAAAACGCCCCUGAGCAACCGCCGGCGUCUGAAGGCGAUGGUGUGACGGGCAAUAGUACGGAGAGCAAAACCCCGGAAAAGAGCCCCGUACUUUCUUCCCUUUACAUUAACACUGCCAAACCUGGAUUGGGAAGCCGCAUUACUACGAAAGUGUUCAAAGACGGAGCUUUGUCCGGCCUCUUCAAUUCGUGCCUCACUACCACCGCCGAUCCGUCCACUCCUGACACCGAUUGCUUUUUAGACGAUCAAUACAAUGAUCGUUUGCAGUUUGAUAUUACCUAUAGCGUGCCUGCCUCUGAAAUUGAGAACGCUUUCAAGGCGACCCCACCAACACUGCAGUUACUCGGGGAUUCCGCGGAUGCUUCGGAUGCAAUUGUUUUAUCGUACGCGGUGGCACUGCAAUCGUCAAGUGCAGAAGUGAUGGUCAGAUAUUUUUGCAAGAAGGAUGCGGAUGCCCUAAUAGAUCUUGAACUCAAAAUUCAAUUCGGUGCCGAUCCCGACUCUGUGGUCCCAAUCAAAUGGAAAAAGAAAUGCACAGGCGGAGUAAACACACAAUUGGAGUUUGGCUACACUACAGACAACCAGAAGAGCGGUGAAAAGGUUCGCCAUCCUUUCGGGUCUGAUGCGGAUGCGCCCUACGUGGUCCCGCCAAGCGAUGUGUCCACCGAGGUAUAUGCGAAGUUACUGCAGCCUGGUGCACAACAGGAAUUCUUAGCACCACUUGUAAUCAGCAGCGAUCCGAGCAUUGUUAGCGUUGCAGUUCGCGGAAAUCAUCCCAAUGGGGGGAUUUUCCAGGGUCUGGACAUGACCGAAUUUCAAGUGAGCUACGAAUGCGUGACGAAAGGUUCUUCUGAUGUUUCUGUGAGCGUAGGAAUUCCGCCUUUUCAGAAUUUGACCUCCACGUGGGAGAAGGAUUGCGGGGGAAAGAUAGCAAGUAAGCUUUCAGUUGGCAGCACAGAAGGUGCUUUCGACAUUGUAGAUAUGGGCAAACCUACCCCGAAGUACAUGGUCGCGAUUGAAAACAUUGGAACAGCCCAUUCGGAAGAACAUCUACAUCUUCCUGGAAACCAAUCGGAAUGGACGAUAUAUUUGACGUAUGGUACACCAGGCACAGACAGCGGGGCCUCUAAAGAUGCUGCCCUACACAUUGGACGGAUCGGCGUCACUGUCGAGCACCCAGGAGUGAUAGCUGCAGCCUCUCCGCGGUUGAGCACUCGCAGAAAAUUUGGUUGGGGGGAUGUCACAAACUCAGAAAAUUCACUUAAUGCUGGAGAAAAGGUCAAGGUGUCUUUCCAUUUCGUGUGUCGUAAGGUGGGGGAGAGUCGGUUGCUUAUUACAGUACCGAUUCUUGACUAUGAUACGUUGGAAUUUGGUAUAGCAAAGGAAUGCGAUCAUGUUGGAUCGUCGCACAAAGCGAAGCAAUUCGUGUUGACAGUAGGAAAUGUGUCUUGGGUUACCGGGGUUGUUGUAGUUUUGGCAGUGGCGUACUGCGUCCGAAAACGACGCAGGGAUGCUGGGUUUCAACCGGUUGCAAACACUGAGAAGUGAACGAUACGUAGUUGAUUGGUCACAACAUAUAUUUUACCACAUCGUCGCGUUACGGUUUAUGAGUUGGGGUUUAGAAGCUGUUCGACUUAGUACCUCGAAGCCUGCUCUAUUUGGUUUCGGUGGCCUGAUGAUGUAUAUUGGUUUGCAGUCUAAGUUUGUUGGCUCCAAACUUGCCAGGUGCGCGAAAGCUUGUGGUGUAUACUUCACAAUGAAUGUAUUUGUUAUGGGCUUGAUAUCCUUCAGGACCCAAGAACGUACCCAAGAACGCCGUUCAGCGAUAUUGCUCAGCCUUGUCCCUGGAUGGGUGUCGCGGCGGUAUGGCGUACCCUUGGUACGGUAUAAUUCAGGCGGGACACGGCACAGUACAGUUCUGUACGGAGAAAAAGAUUGCAAUGCGAAGAUUUUCUGGAUUUUUUCUCUGGUUCGUGAUCGAUCUGGAGAGUAUUGCACACUGUCUAUUAGAACACCAGCAGCCACCUACCCCGGCACCUCGUUUUGACAUAAGAGUGUGUAGAUUGUCAAUUCUAGACAAGGUGUCAAGCAGCUACAGUAGUGAUAAUUGCGUGGCUUGUAAACAUAUUCAGUCAAUCG